AUGUGUCGUGUCCCUACAGCAAAACUCACAUCAAUGGGCGGAUUGGCGCGUGUUCAGCAGUGUGCGAACUUUGCUUGGUCGAAGUUUGGUGUUGCAGUCGCAGUGGGUUUCUCGUCGUGGGAAUCGACAUGGUACGGGUUGCGUAGGUCAAGUAAGUGGGGUUUUGCGGAAGUAGGUCGAUUAAGAAAUACUACUAAUAUGGAUGGUGUAGUGGAAAGACGGGCAUGGUUUAUGUCUUUGUAUUUCUAA